ACUUCCCCUACUUCCUCGGAAUAUAGAGGAAUUAUAUGUAGAAGAUUUUUUGGAAAAAGAAAGUAUUGCAAAGCUACUGAUGUACCCAAGGUUGAAAUUGCUCUCAUUCACCAAUUAUAGUUUUGAUCAACAAUCUUAUACAGAGGAGAGCAAUGAUAGCUCAAUUUCGGAUGAGAUUCUCAGUCUGUUUCUAUCUAACAAUAUGGAUGAUGUGAUCCUUCCCUCUCUUAACUCUGAUCAUAGGGUAACUUGUUCCAUUGUCUUUCCUGAACGUGCAAUUCCCAAAUGGUUUAUGCAUCAGAGUGCUGAGAAAAAGAUCUCGUUCAAACUGCCCAUUAAUUGGUAUAAUGAUAAGUUCAAGGACUUUGCUAUAUGUUGCGUGACUCGCAUGGGGGCAGGUGUUUGCAGUCUUGAUUCAUGGCUAUCUGGGAAGUAUGACUAUGCUUUCAUCAAUGCCAAAUUGAUAUGCAAUGAUCAUUUGAAAGACCUUAAAGUGCUAGAGAAAGAAUGUAAAGUGGGCCCAGCAUCUAGAACUUAUGGCCAGUGUGUUUGCUUUGCGUACAUACCGUUGUAUGCUUCACUGCAGGUGUCUGGCACUGAUGUUGGAGACAUUAACCAGUACAGCCUAUUUGAGGCAUCUAUCUGUGGGUGCAUUGUGAAAUAGUGGGGAGUUCAUUUGAUCUAUCAGGACGAAUGAAUAUCUUUGAAGCGCAGACUCAGAAAGAUUGCUUCGAGUACACCUAAGCUGAAAAAGAGGCUAAAUUAGCUCUAUAUGCUGGGAUAUUGAGGGGAUUACCAAGAAAUAGUUUAAGGCAUUGCUGGUCAGUGAGGAUGCUCAGACCCUUUGAUUCCCUGGUUUCUGGUCUGGAAUGGUUAGAACAGUUGAGCAGUUUCGGUUUCAAUUAUAUGAAAGAAAUCUAAACUUCCGCUGGAUUGCCUGUUACAUCCU